AUUGCUCCUCUCUCUCUCUCUCACAUCAACUCUCACUGUCUCUCUCUCUCUCCAGUGCAAUGCCUCUGUUCCUUCCCUUUCUGGCUUCACUCUAGCCGAAGAGAAGAACAGGAGCAUUCGUCUGCACAAACUCAGAGAGAGAGAGCGAGAGAGACUGGAGAAGGAGGAGGAGGUCUUUGAAAGGUAAAAACUAAAAGAGGGAAGUGAGAACUUGGAGAACAGAGGGCAUUUCCUCUGUACUUGCCUUAUCUGCUCAAGAGAGAGAGAGAGAGAGAGUGGGAGGGAGACGAGUGAGAUCUAGUUUGCGCAUUUACCAUCUCCGUCGCUCGCUUCCCAGGAUGCCAGCUUUGACCUAGUUAAGAACACCCCAAAUCACCUUACCAUCUCGGGAACUUCCCUAGUCCGACCCCCACUUUCCAUCCUAUAUAACAUCCCCUGUUUUCGCCUUUUUCUCUCACACUCGGUGCUCUGCUUCGGAAAAACAGAGCAGGUCAAAAACAGAGUCUUGGGUUCUCUGUGUCCCGGAAUGGCGCAAAUCUCGGCCAAGGACCUGAUCCCGAACUCGUUCGCGAUGUCCCGGGAGGACAUCGCGGGCCAGCUGGGGAUGGUGUGGGAGCUGAUCAAGGCGCCGCUGAUCGUCCCGGUGCUGCGGCUCUCGGUCUACGUGUGCCUCGCGAUGGCGCUCAUGCUCUUCAUGGAGAGGGUCUACAUGGGCAUCGUCAUCGUCCUCGUCAAGCUCUUCUGGCAGAAGCCGGCCAAGCGCUACAAUUGGCAGCCCAUCGAGGAGGACCUCGAAUCCGGCGGCUCCAACUUCCCCAUCGUCCUCGUCCAAAUCCCAAUGUACAACGAGAAAGAGGUGUACAAGAUUUCGAUCGGGGCGGCGUGCGGGCUGUCCUGGCCGGCAGACCGCCUCGUGAUCCAAGUCCUCGACGACUCCACCGAUCCCGUAAUCAAGCAAAUGGUGGAGCUGGAGUGCCAGAGAUGGGCGAGCAAAGGGGUCAACAUAGUGUACCAGAUCAGGGAGACGCGGGGCGGGUACAAGGCCGGGGCGCUCAAGGAAGGGCUCAAGCGGAGCUACGUGAAGCACUGCGAGUUCGUGGCCAUCUUCGACGCCGACUUCCGGCCCGAGCCCGACUUCCUCAAGCGCGCCAUCCCGUACUUCCUCCGCACCCCGGACCUCGCCCUGGUUCAGGCUCGCUGGAGGUUCGUGAAUUCGGACGAGUGCUUGUUGACAAGGAUGCAGGAGAUGUCGCUGGACUACCAUUUCACCGUGGAGCAAGAGGUGGGGUCGGCCACGCACGCCUUCUUCGGCUUCAACGGAACCGCGGGUGUGUGGAGGAUCGGUGCCAUUAAUGAGGCGGGUGGGUGGAAGGACCGGACCACCGUGGAGGACAUGGACCUCGCUGUCAGGGCUAGCCUCCGCGGUUGGAAGUUUGUCUACCUCGGCGACCUCCAGGUGAAAAGUGAACUUCCGAGCACUUUCAAGGCUUUCCGCUUCCAGCAGCACCGUUGGUCCUGUGGUCCUGCCAAUCUGUUCAGGAAAAUGGUGAUGGAGAUUGUCCGGAACAAGAAAGUCAGAUUCUGGAAGAAAGUGUACGUUAUAUACAGCUUCUUCUUCGUCCGAAAGAUCAUAGCCCACAUGGUCACCUUCUUCUUCUACUGUGUGGUGCUUCCCCUCACCAUUUGGAUCCCGGAAGUCCACGUCCCGAUUUGGGGCGCCGUUUACAUCCCUUCCGUCAUCACCAUCCUCAACUCCGUUGGAACUCCGAGGUCGAUUCACCUGUUGUUUUACUGGAUCCUUUUCGAGAACGUGAUGUCCAUGCACCGGACCAAGGCCACCUUCAUCGGUCUCCUAGAAGCCGGGAGAGCCAACGAGUGGGUCGUCACGGAGAAACUCGGAGACGCUACCAAAAACAAAUCGAAGAAGCCUCGAUUCACUUUCAAAAUCGGAGACAGACUCCAUCUCUUGGAGCUCGGGUUUGCAGUAUUCCUGUUCGUCACCGGGUGCUUCGACUUCUUGUAUGGGAAGAACAACUACUUUGUAUACCUGUGGCUCCAGACGAUCACUUUCUUCAUCGCGGGAUUCGGGUACAUCGGGACAAUUGUGUAGACGUGGCGAGCCAGUUCAUCAUCGACGACCCAAAAGCGAUGGUCAUCGAACGGCCCAACCGCAAAAGGCCCAAGAUUUAGUGUGUUUCCAGCAUUUGUGUUUUACAGCAUAGUUUAUAAUGAGUGGAACUAUGAGGAGAAACCUCCAAUUAAGUUAUUGAUUAUUCAGAUCAUAAGGUCCCAAACGGUUUGUGGCAGAGAGUCCCUUGCCAUGCUUCAUCCCAGAUAUAUGUUGGCUCUUUGUUUUUGGCGGGUACUUUUAGCUUUCAGGAAGGUACAAAAGGGUGAAAGAACAAAAACCAAUGUUGCAUUCUUUCUAUAUACACAAUUCAGUCAUGUAGGGGAAUAAGAACGAGCUUGUUAAUUAGUUUUAGUUGACAGAGGAAUGGGAUUGUUUUAUCUC